AUGAACAUACACUACCUGACCACGUCGCGUUCUAACCCGCAGUUCUACUCAUUUAUCCAGUUCUUUGGCGACCAUUCUGAUUGUACCAGCUGUGAUUGGGAGGCAAUUCUACAGGCUGCCUGGCAAAACUUUUGGCAGCGCGAGGGACACGAUCUGCUCGAGCUGAAGUGGCACAAGCGUUUCCCCGAAUACAAAAGUCUUAUCAACGUCGUAACGCCGGAGGAACAAACAUUUUGGCAGGAACUGUGGGAAAAGCAUACUACAGAAUUAAGUGCCAAGUUCUGGCGUAUAUUAAAUUGUGCGUUCGAGAAUUACCAAAACGAAUUGGUAAAGUCCUUCGGGACAAGCCUAGAGCAAGUUGAACAGGAUUUUAUCGAUCUAAACAUCACUGAAAGGGUGAGUAAGUCCAAGAAGCGUAAACAGAAAAAACAACAAGAGGUCGACGGUGACGACGAGCCUUUUCUGCCAUCUACUGAAGACGAUCUCGUUUUAGACGAAUACGAGCAAUUAAAGGUAUUGGGAUUGCCGACCAAUUUUGGCCCCCAAAAAUAUCCGAAGCAGCACAAACCGAGAAAUAAAUUACACGAAUCUUCCAGUAGCGACUGCAGUGACUGCUGUCAAGAAAUUCUGAUCAUGGAACGUGAUAAAAGCCUCGCGCUGCAUGGAGUUCAGAGUGGCUUGGUCUCAAAGAGGCAGAAGCCGAAGAAAAAGAAAAUCUGGGCUAACGAAAUGAUGCCGGACUUUAUGCAGAACGAGGGGAAAGGCCAAAUGGUCAAGUAUUGGCUCAAGCGCUUUUCCUUGUUCUCUCGCUUUGACCAGGGCAUAAGGUUGGACCGUGAGAGCUGGUUUUCGGUGACACCCGAGAAGAUUGCCAAGCAGACGGCUCGUCGGCUGUCCUGCGAUCUGAUCGUGGAUGCUUUUUGUGGGUGCGGAGGCAACGCCAUUCAGUUUGCCAACACCUGUGGGCGCGUCAUUGCUGUGGACAUCGACGCAGAAAAGUUGGCCAUGGCAAAGCACAAUGCUGGCAUUUAUGGCGUGGCCCAUAAGAUUGAAUUCAUCCAUGCCGACUUCCUGCAGUUUGCAGUUAGCUCCAGAAUUCGCCCAAAUGUUGUCUUCUUGAGCCCCCCAUGGGGUGGACCCGGUUACCAAAAGCAGGCAAACUUCGAUAUUGAGCGAAGCCUGCUGCCCGUGGGCGCCAAUGAACUGAUGAAACGGGCCCGUCUCCUUUCCGAUAACGUUGGAUUCUUUCUGCCCCGUAACUCCAACAUGACCCAGGUGGUUGCCCUAAGUGGAGCUGGACAGCAGUGUGAGGUGGAGCACAAUUUUCUGGACACGCGUAUGGUGGCUCUGACUGCCUACUAUGGCAAUGAAGUAAUAAGAAAUACUCCGCCAUAAAAAAUAAAACUAAGCUAUUUUUAAAAUUAUGUUUUUCAUAGGUAAGGUACAAGUAAAUAUUAAGCUAAGUUUACACCGCUAACUAUAUCCGACCGUAUUGAAAGUAUACGGGAGUGCCACAGAAAUCGCAUUGAAUUUAAGGUUAAUUUAAAAAUUGUUUGAAUGUGUGUAAAUUGCAGGAGUAACAUCUUUUCUAGCAUACCAUAUUUCAAUUGCAAUUCCACAAUUUUGAGGCACCAAUUGUCAAUCCAUUGGCAUGUGUUAAUUUAUAAAUUUGUUUCAUUAACAAAACAUAGAACCAAAACAGUCUUUGGUAAUAAACGAUAAAAUUAAGAUAAUUAAUUUUAAGCUUGUAUGUAAGAAGUAAGAAAAAAAUCCUUCUGUAUUUGGGGUUGCAUGGAAUUAUGCACUUGUAUCAGUUUGUUCCCCACGACACUUUCUGUUUGUUUUUAUUCUCUUAAGUUUUUCACUCUUUUGGAUAAAAGUUGACUAAUGAAUAAAGGCUCUUCUUGUAUGUAACAACACA